AUGAAUCAAGAAAAUUUCGCAAAGAACAUUUCUACAUCAUCAAAGGUUGUUCAUCCAAUGACACCAUCAUCAUCUGAUAUCUUUUAUCCUAGACGACGUUUUACUCAAGAUUUCUUACUCAUUUGGUUAAAUAUUGAUGAUAACCGAUUAAACGAAGAUCAGGAAAAUCUGUUAGCACAAUUACGAAAUAUCGUCAAUGAUGUGCACAUUUUUACUCAACGUGACGAAUGCAUUGACUUUCUCACUGAUAUCAACGAUAUGAAAGUUUAUCUAAUUCUAGAAGAUACUCUUGCUCAACAAAUUCUACCUCUCAUUCAUGACAUUCAUCAACUAAAUGUCGUUUAUAUCUUACAAAAUGAAGAAUCAGUGAGUAAGCAAUGGACGAAAGCGAAAAAUAUCGAUACAAGGGUUCGUCAUGUGUGUGACUAUGUUCAACGGGAUAUGAAACAAUAUAAUCAAGAUUCGAUUGCGAUGAGCUUUGUUCAAAUAGAUGAAGGAAUUGGUAAUAAACAUCUGGAUCAAUUAGAACCUUCAUUCAUGUACACUCAAUUGUUCAAAGAAAUUCUUCUUGAAAUGGAAUAUGAUGAAAAUUCUUUGAGAGAUUUCGUUAGUUACUGCCGAAAGCAUAAUUAUGGAUCGACAACGAGUAUUGACCGAUUUGAAAAUGAAUAUAAUAAUAAAUCAUCUAUUUGGUGGUAUACAUUUCCAUCAUUCAUUUAUUCUUUACUUAAUUCUGCACUUCGAAUGUUAGAAGUUGAUACGAUCAUUCAUAUGGCCUUUUAUAUACGUGAUCUGCAUUCUCAAAUCGCACAAUUGUAUCAACAACAACUGGAUACUUAUCAUGAAAAGACCUUUCUGGUUUAUCGAGGACAAGGUAUGUCACUGACUGAUUUUGACAAACUCCGAAAUACAAAAGGUGGAUUAAUGUCUUUCAACAAUUUCUUAUCGACUAGUAAGAAUCAAGAUGUUGCUCUUGUUCUUGCCGAUAGUGCUUUGGAAAAAAUCGAUACAGUUGGAAUAUUCUUUCAAAUAUCUGUUAAUCCUACCGUUUCUUCCAUUCCGUUUGCAUCCAUCGGCGAUGUCAGUUACUUCAAAACGGAAGAAGAAAUUCUUUUCUCAAUGCAUAGUGUCUUUCGUAUCGAUGAAGUAAAGCGCAUUAAUGAAGAUCGUUUACUUUAUCAGGUAGAUCUUAGACUCACUUCGGAUGACGAUGAAGAACUUCGUAUUCUCACCAAUCGUAUACGAGAAGAAACUGUAAAUGAAACGGAAUGGGAACGAUUAGGUCAUCUAUUGCUUGAAUUAAGGCAAGUCAACAAAGCAGAAGAACUAUACACAGUUUUAAUUGAACAAACAUCGAAUGAGACGAAGAAAGCAUUUUAUUAUAAUCAACUUGGCUAUGUGAAAAAUAAUCAAGGUGAUUAUGAGAAAGCCAUUGAAUAUCAUGAAAGAGCAAUUGAAAACUAUCAAAAGAGUGAUCGCACAGUUCAUUUCAACAAUUUGGCUAUUGCUAACUUGAAUAUCGGUUUGACCUAUCGAAACUUGGGGGAAUAUUCAAAAGCGCUUUCGUUUAACGAAAAGAGUCUUGAGAUCUGUGAACGAAUUUUACCAUCAAAUGAGCAUUUGUUAGGCACCAUUUUGAACAACAUCGCUGGUCUCUAUGAUAACAUGGGAGAGUAUGCAAAAGCAAUUUUAUUUUAUGAGAAAUCAUCUGAAAUAUUCGCGAAAGUUCUUCCUUCAAAUCAUCCUCGUUUGGCUACGUCUUACAAUAAUAUUGGUUCCGUAUAUCGAAAUAUGGAAAAUCAUUCUAAAGCACUUUUAUUUCAUAACAAAGCACUUCAAAUUCGACAACAAAGUCUUCCUCCAACUCAUCCUGACCUGGUUGCUUCUUAUCACAAUAUCGCGGGUGUGUAUACUAGUACAGAAGAAUAUUCAAAAGCACUUUCAUUUUAUGAAAAGACGACUGAGAUCUUUGAGAAAACUCUUCCAUCGAAUCAUCCUGAUUUGGCUAUUUCCUAUAACAAUAUUGCUUUGUUGUAUGGAAAGAUGAAAGAUUAUUCAAAAUCACUAUCAUUCUACGAGAAAAGUCUUAAAAUUUGCCAACAAACUCUUCCUCCAACUCAUAUUCAGUUGGCCGCUUUUCACAACAAUAUUGGUGCAGUUUAUGAAAAAAUGGGAGAAUAUUCAAAAGCACUUUCAUCUUAUGAAAGAGCACUUGAUAUUGCACAAAAAGCGCUUCCUUCAAAUCAUUUUCACUUAGCUUCCUUGUACAACAAUAUUGCCGGGAUGUAUGACAAUAUAGGAGACUAUACAAAAGCACUUCUAUUCUAUGAAAAAGAUCUGGAAAUUUGUGAAAAAACGUUUUCUUCCGAUCAUCCUUCUUUGGCUAUUUCUUAUAAUAAUAUUGGCUUGACGCAUUACAACAUGGGAGAAUAUGCAAAAGCAAUUUCGUUCUAUGAGAAAGGUUUUCAACUUCGACAAAAAAUGUUUCCUCCAAACCAUCCUCGUUUGAUUACCAGCUACAAUAAUAUCGGUGCUGCGUAUAGUAAAAUAGAAGAGUAUUCGAAAGCGCUUUCAUAUUACGAAAAAGCAUUAGAAAUUGAAGAAAAAGUGUAUUCUUCUGGUAGUCCUGAAUUAGCCACUGCGUAUUACAACAUUGGUCUAAUGUACUUUAAUAUGAAAGAGUACUCGAAGGCACUUCCAUUUUAUGAAAAAGAGCUUGAAAUAUGUGAAAAAACUGUUCCUCUGGAUCAUUUCUCGUUAUCUGUUUCCUACAACAACAUGGGUUUGCUUUAUCGAAAUAUUAAACAAUAUUCCGAAUCACUUUCGUUUUAUGAAAAAGAUCUCGAAGUUUCUCAAAAGAUCUUUUCUGCAACUGACCUUCAACUAGUUAACAUCUAUAAUAAUAUUGGUGAAGUGUAUAACGACAUGGGCGAAUACUCAAAAGCACUUUCAUAUUACGAGAAAGCACUUGAAAUUCAACAAAAAACUGUCCCGCCAAACCAUCUAGAUUUAGCUCAUUCUUUCAACAAUAUUGGUGCAAUGUAUACAAGUCUAGGCCUUUACGAGAAGGCAAUCUUAUUUUAUGAACAAGCUCUAAAUAGUUUUCAAAAUUCACUACCUUCUGAUCAUUCAACUAUUGAAAUUGUUCAAGGAAACAUAGAGUUUGCCAAACGUAGAAAUCGCAAAUAA